CCGUGCCCAACACCCGCCCCGCCCCCUUCAUCCGCUCAAGAUGGCCCCCAACAUCGCCAAGGACAUGACCGCCCUCAUCGGCAACACACCGCUGGUCUACCUGAACCGCGUGACCGAGGGCUGCCACGCCAAGAUCGCCGUCAAGUGCGAGUUCAUGGAGCCCUGCGCCUCGGUGAAGGACCGCAUCGGUCUGAGCAUGAUCCUGGACGCCGAGAAGAGCGGCCGUCUCACCAAGGACACGCACAUCAUCGAGCCCACCAGUGGCAACACCGGCAUCGGUCUGGCCUUCGCGUCGGCCGUGCGCGGCUACAAGCUGACGCUGGUGAUGCCCGACACCAUGUCGAUGGAGCGCCGUAUCCUGCUCAAGUCCUUCGGCUGCGAUGUGGUCCUGACCCCUGGUGCUAAGGGCAUGACGGGUGCCGUGGCCAAGGCCAACGAGCUCGUGGCCAAGGAGCCGGGCAAGGCCCUGUCGCUCGGCCAGUUCGACAACCCGGCCAACCCGCAGAUCCACUUCGAGACCACCGGCCCGGAGAUCUGGCGUGACACCGACGGCGAAGUCGACAUCUUCAUUGCUGGCGUCGGCACUGGCGGUACCCUGACGGGCACCAGCCGCUACCUCAAGCCGAAGAAGGACACCCUGAAGGUCAUCGCCGUGGAGCCCGAGGAGAGCCCCGUGCUGUCUGGUGGCAAGUCGGGCCCGCACAAGAUCCAGGGCAUUGGCGCUGGCUUCGUGCCCAAGGUCCUUGAGACCGACCUGAUCGACGAAGUCGUGACUGCCAACAGUGCUGAGGCAUUUGCUAUGUCCAAGCGCCUUGCUCUCGAGGAGGGCAUCCUGGUUGGCCCCUCGUCGGGUGCCGCCGUGGCUGCUAGCAUCAAGGUUGCCCAGCGCCCCGAGAACGCCGGCAAGCUGAUUGUGGCUAUCCUGCCCAGCUUCGGCGAGCGUUACCUGUCGUCGGCACUGUUCGAGAAGGAGCGUGAGUACGCUGCCAACCUGCAGACGUCGGAGCUCGCGGCCUAAGUCGUAUAACCGCGGAGACUUCAAGCAUGCAGGUGCCGAGGUGAUGAUUCCCUCGGUUCCUCCAUGUUUUGUGAUAUUGUAAGUAGUGACAGAUCUAGAGGAGUAGAGCACACUAGUGUCGGUAUUUUUCCUAAAUACACGUGGGCUUGCGUCUCUC